AACACUUAUUAAUAUUUUAUCCCACGUUUUAUCCCCUAAAUAACACCAAUACACGUCUUGGAUUAGCAAAUCCCAUGGCCAUGAUCUCCACCAAGUCCAAGGACGGCAUCUCCCUAACCGCAAAACGCGUCCCCCUCUCCAUCUCCCUUGCAAUACCAUUUGCAAUUUACGAACUAAAAGAGAAAAGGAAAAAAAGACAAAGCAAUUAAACGAAGAUCAAAAGAGAUGAAAAUACGAGCGCAGGUUUUGUAAAUAAAAGAAAAGAAAAAUAGAAACAAGGCAGGGGCAGCGGCGGAGAAUGAGGCUAUGGAAGCGAGCCUCUGACGCCCUCAAGGACCAGAGCAGCCUCUGGCAGGCGAGCCUGCGUCGGCGCACCGCCCUCCGCAACCCGGACAUCGAGAAGGCGGUGAUCCGCGCCACCUCCCACCACGACUCGUCCCCCUCCGACCAGCGCAACGUGGAGCGCGUCCGCGAGUGGCUGCGCCUCUCCCCCUCCAACCUCAAGCCCAUCCUGCGCUCCCUCUCGGCCCGCAUUGAGAAGACCCACAGCUGGCCCGUCGCCCUCAAGGGCCUCCUCCUCACCCACGCCCUCCUCAACUGCCCCGCCCCCGCCCCCGCCCUCCGCGCCAUCGGCCGCCUCCCCUUCGACCUCUCCUCCUUCCGCUCCAACUCCGCCCCCUUCGACGCCUUCGUCCGCGCCUACUUCGCCUUCCUCGACCAGAAGUCGGCCACCAUGUUCCAGCUCUCCGCCGAGGAGGAGAAGUACCGCGAGGGUUUCGCCAUGCGCCACGAGCUGCUGCUCCUGCAGAAGCUCCAGGCCUUGCUCGACCUCCUCGUCGGGAUCAAGCCCGCGCCAUGCGCCGCCUUCGCGCCGCUCAUCCUCGACGUCAUGGACGCGGUCGUCGUCGAGAUCUACGACGUCUACGGCAGGAUCUGCCGGGGGAUCGCGACGGUGCUGCUGAACAUCUACUCGGCGGGGAAGGCGGAGGCGGCCACGGCGCUGCGCGUGGUGCACAAGGCCACGCAGCAAGGAGACGAUCUCGCCUACUUCUUCGAGUUCUGUCAGGAGAUCCGCGUCGCCAACGCCGCGGAAUUCCCGGUGAUCGACCGGAUUCCGGAAGAGGGAAUACGGGAAUUGGAGCAGAUCAUCGAGGGAUUGACGAAUCCUUCCAAUGUGGUGACGGAAGGAGAGGAGUUUAAGACGGUGAUUACUGAGGAAUGGGAGAAAUUCGAUGAAGAUUCCGAGGUGGGGCCUUUGCCGGCGACUUGUGCGCGCCAACAAGGAAGUAGAAAUGGAGAAGCGCCGGAUUUGAUAACCUUCUUUUAGAUGGCCGGCGUUGGCGCUGCGAGUGUAUAAUAUACCAAUCUACAAGGAACAAAUAUUCCAAACAAAUUAAAUCAUACUACCUUAUUUCGAGACAAGAUUUUGAACAAAACCAACAUAUGCCAUAAAUUUUGUUGCACCUGUUUUGAUUAAUUUUGUGGAGUUUUCAAAUAUUUUGUAAUGUAAAUAUUUAUACGAUGAGUCUUAAAUGGUAAAUCUGGAAUCGAACAA